AAAAAUUUUCCUUUAACAGGGUUCUUUCUUUCUUUUUUUUUUUUAAUAAAUUAUUUUUGGUUUUUUUUUCCAUGAAAGAAAAAGCAGCAGUAACAUAGGAAAUAGACAUGGGAAGAAGAAGAAGAACCUGUUCCUUUUCUCAAAACUCUCUUUAAAAAAACCACAAAAGUCUAAUUAAAGAUCAAAUUUUUUUCUUCACUCUUGAAGCUAUAUAUCAAAGACCCAGUUCUUCUUUUUCCAAGUAGAUCUGAAAAAACCUCUCCUUUUUAUUGGUUUCUUACAACAGAGAUGGAAUCUUAAACUGGUUGAUUCUAAUGGGUGCUGUUUGUAAAUCUCAGUUGGAUUCUUAUCAAAUGAAAGCAUGUGCUGUGGAUCGGAGGGGUUAAAGCACUCGCCGUCUCCAACAACAUCUAAUAUUUCUUUUGAAGAUAGCAGAUAUCCUAGCGUAGCUAUGAAUCACUUGACCGUAGAGACUGAAGAUACUUUUGCAAGCUUGCUUGAGCUUGCUGCUAAUAAUGAUGUUGAGGGCUUUAAACGAUCCAUUGAACGCGAUCCUUCUUGUGUUGAUGAGGUUGGGCUGUGGUAUGGACGUCAGAAGGGCUCGAAGCAGAUGGUUAAUGAGGAGAGAACCCCUUUGAUGGUUGCUGCUACAUAUGGUAGUAUUGAUGUUAUUAAACUGAUCCUUUCUUCAUCAGAUGCUGAUGUUAAUCGCGUGUGUGGCCAUGUCAAAAGCACUGCCCUUCAUUGUGCUGCUUCAGGUGGAGCUGUGAAUGCUAUUGAUGUUGUGAAGCUACUUUUAGCAGCUGGUGCUGAUGCAAAUAUGGUUGAUGCAAAUGGUUAUCUUCCUGUUGAUGUUAUUGUUGUUCCUCCGAAGCUUGAAGCUGUAAAAUUAACUCUUGAAGAACUCCUUGCAACUGAGAGUUCUGUUCUUGAGCGGAAUUUAAGGGUGUCAACAGCCGUUGCAAAUUCCAACUCCCCUCCUCUGUCGCCCUCUCAGGAAAAUGGGUCACCUUCAUCUGCUUCAGAUUCCCCAAUGAAGUCAAAGUCAACUGAUGCUCCUCUUUCUUCUGCAUCAGAGAAGAAAGAAUACCCAAUUGAUCCAUCUCUUCCAGACAUCAAGAACAGCAUCUAUUCAACUGAUGAGUUUCGGAUGUAUUCAUUCAAGGUGCGGCCUUGUUCCCGUGCCUACUCCCAUGAUUGGACAGAGUGUCCGUUUGUUCACCCGGGGGAGAAUGCUCGAAGGCGGGAUCCUAGAAAGUUCCAUUACAGUUGUGUUCCCUGCCCUGAUUUUCGAAAGGGGGCAUGUAGGCGUGGAGAUUUGUGUGAAUAUGCUCAUGGUGUUUUUGAAUGCUGGCUACACCCUGCUCAAUAUCGAACCCGGCUGUGCAAGGAUGGUACUAAUUGUGCAAGGAGAGUCUGCUUCUUUGCUCAUACUGCGGAGGAACUCCGACCUCUGUAUGUCUCCACUGGCUCUGCUGUUCUAUCUCCUCGCUCAAGUGCUUCUGGUGCUACAGCAAUGGAUUUUGCUGCCGCCUUGAGUCUCUUGCCGGGAUCACCUUCAUCUGUAUCUGUUAUGUCUCCUUCACCAUUCACACCACCCAUGUCUCCAUCUGUGAAUGGCAUGUCUCACUCUAAUGUUGCUUGGCCACAGCCUAAUGUUCCAGCCCUGCAUCUACCAGGAAGCAAUCUUCAAUCUAGUCGCUUGAGAUCUUCUCUUAAUGCAAGAGAUAUUCCAGCUGAAGACUUCAACUUGCUGCCGGAUUUUGAUGUGCAGCAACAACAGCUGAUAAACGAGUUAUCUAGCCUCACUCAGCCAUCUCUGAGUUCUAAUUCUUUGAACCGAUCUGGUCGAUUGAAGACCCUGACCCCAUCAAACCUUGAUGACCUCUUUUCUGCUGAGAGCAUAUCUCCACGGUACUCUGAUCAAGCAUUGGCUGCCGCCGUUUUCUCUCCAACCCAUAAGUCUGCUGUUCUCAAUCAAUUUCAGCAGCAGCAAAGCAUGCUAUCACCUAUAAAUACAAAUUUUUCUCCUAAAAAUAUGGAGCAUCCUCUAUUGCAGGCUUCUCUAUCUGGUAGGAUGUCUCCUCGAAAUGUGGAACCUAUCUCACCAAUGAGUUCUCGGGUUUCCAUGUUAGCUCAACGUGAGAAGCAGCAACAAUUUCGCAGCCUAAGCUCUAGAGAGCUCGGCUCUGGCUCUGCUGCCAUUGUCGGUUCCCCAGUAAAUUCUUGGUCAAAAUGGGGAUCUUCCAAUGGGACGCCAGACUGGGCUGUCAAUGUGGAUGAAUUGGGCAAGCUACGGAGGUCAUCUUCAUUUGAGCUUGGCAAUGGAGAUGAGCCCGAUUUAUCAUGGGUUCAAUCCCUUGUUAAAGAGUCUCCCACUGAGAUCAAAGAGAAAAUGACAGCGCCUGUCUCAGGUGUUGCCCCCAAUGCUGCUACAACUGAGGGUUCCAAUAUGAACUCACAAAUUGAUCCGGUCGAUCAUGCCGUGUUGGGAGUAUGGCUUGAGCAAAUGCAGCUUGAUCAGCUUGUGGCACAGCAAAACUGAAACCAGUUUCACUGAGCCCUGAGGUAGAGACAUCACAAAGUUUUUGGUAAAUAACAUUUGUAUUUUUCGGGAUUUUGUUGGUGAUAAAUGUGGAAGGAAAGGUAAAACAGUAACACAAGGUGAAAGCAAAGAAAGAAGGGAAAAUUCAUUUUUUCACCAUUUAUUAUUAUUACUAAACAGUUCAGAAACGGUUAAGGAUAGGUUUAAAGCAAUUAUGCCCAGGCUAGGUGUUUUGUCUUCAAACUAGAUUUCUACUGCUGUCAUUUUAUUCACCUUUUUUUUUAUUUAAUGAUGAGCGACGAUGUUUUGAUGACACUGAACCAAAAUUCCCAUGUUUCCUUAAAUCCUUUUUCUGCUAUAUUCAUUAUCACCAAUGUGAGAAAUCAAAACUAAGAUGGAUCAUGAAGUUCUUUAUCUCAAGAGUUUUGUAGUGUUUGGGGUUGGGUCAAAUUUUGUGGAGAGAUUAUACAAUGAGGAAGAUUUGUAUCUUCUGAUGCAGUUUGGAAUCAAUAAUUUUGUUGAUGCAUGUAAUGUGGGGAAAGAAUAGGAUAAGAAACUAUGAUCUUUGCUUAAUUCUUAUUUCAAUAUCCUGAUUGUAACUUAUAUUUGAACUGCAAUUAAUUUCUUUUUCGUUUCUUCUCCAUAAUUGUCUUUUUGGCUUGUUUUACCCUCAUAUUUUACAAAUUAUAUUUGGGAUUAAGAAGUGUACAAAAGUACCAUUAAUUAUAGUUGCAACCUUUAAAUUUACAAGCUUCAUCUCUUGAAAUAAUAGG